CACCACCACCACCACCACCACCACUCUUCACUCUCAGUUUCUUUAACCCUCAAAUCAACUACUCACUCACAGAGCGCACAGUGAGCUUUCUCUCUCUUCUUUCUCUAUCCAUCUUCGUCUGCACGGUUACAGCAUUCCCCCUUCAAAGCCAUUGAGCUCCGGAGAGAGAAAGCCUGCGCCCCCAUUAAUGCCCUUCAUCUUCCCCAAAGCUCUUCACGGGACGCUCUCCAUUGAAUUACCUCUCACUUUAACUCUCUCUCCCUCUCUCUCUGCAACACCCAGCUAUUAUACACCACCCACCACCGUAGCUACCGGCAGUGACCCAAGAGAGACAGAGAGAGAAGCCAAAUGGAGCUGAGUAAGGUCACUCUCGAGAUCUUCACCAAGCUCGAGCAGAAAUGGCUCUCCCACUGCGAGUCCGCCAAGCGCACCCGCCUCCUCUGCAUCGACGGCGGCGGCACCACCUGCAUUGUCGCCGGCGCCGCCCUCGUCCGCCUCGAGGACCAGAUCCGCCUCAGGACCGGCGACCCCCACGCCUCCCUCUCCGACUUCUUCGACCUCCUCGCCGGGACCGGCGUCGGGGGCAUCCUCGCCGCCAUGCUCGCCGCCGACGACGGCUCCGGCCGCCCGCUCUACUCCGCCAGGGAGGCCGUCGACCUCCUCGCAGCGCGGAGCUCCGAGAUGUUCCGGCCUUGCCUAGGCGGCCUGCUCCGCCGCGGCCGGCGGAGGUUCUCCGGCUCGAGCAUGGACAGAGCGCUGAAGGAGCUGUUCACGCGGGACGACGGCAGGUGCCUGACCUUGAAGGACGCCCGCAAGCCCCUGCUGAUCCCUUGCUUCGACCUCAACAGCUCCGCCCCGUUCGUGUUCUCCCGCGCCGACGCGACCGAGUCGCCGAGCUUCGACUUCGAGCUCUGGAAGGCCUGCCGCGCCACCUCGGCGACGCCGGGGCACUUCAAGCCGUUCCCCCUGUCCUCCGCCGACGGGAAGACCUCCUGCGCGGCCGUCGACGGCGGCCUGGUGAUGAACAACCCGACCGCCGCCGCCGUCACGCACGUGCUCCACAACAAGCGGGACUUCCCGUCCGUGAACGGCGUGGAGGACCUGCUGGUGCUGUCCCUGGGCAACGGGUCGGCAGGCGGGAAGGCCCGGCUCGACGGCGGGUGCUCGACGUCGUCCGUGGUGGGCAUCGCGCUGGACGGAGUGUCGGAGACCGUGGACCAGAUGCUGGGGAACGCCUUCUGUUGGAACCGCGUGGACUACGUGCGGAUUCAGGCGAGCGGGGUGGGGAGAGAGUGGCGGAGAGGGGAGGAGGAGGAGGUGCUGGCGGAGAGGGGGGUGGAGUCGUUGCCGUUCGGCGGGAAGCGGUUGUUGACGGAGACGAACGGACAGCGCCUCGACGGCUUCGCGCACCGGCUCGUCGCCGCCUCUGGAAGGAGUAGCUUGCCCCCUAGCCCCUGCAAGGAGAAGGACCCUCAUCCCGCCGUUAGCCCCCUCGUUAACGGCCGUUGACUAGCACUCUUUAAAUGUUUUUUUUUUCCCUUGCCUAGUCCGCUCUUAUUUUUAUUUAUUUUUUCUUUUUUUCCCACCUUGUUGUAACUUUGUGUAACGAGCUUCAGCUUAACUGGCUUUUGCCUUUUUUUUUCCAUUGGCUUUUUUAGAUUUAGAUGGAGCCAUUAAUUAGCCUGAGAUGUCUCUCCAUGUGUAUGUGCAACAAGAAAAAUUUGUAGUCUUCUUUA